UUCUCGUCCUUUUCGUUCGUCCUCAGUGCAGGAUAACGAAGCAGUCAUCUCCGGCUUCUUUAAAAAACGAGCAAUUCGUUGAGAGUAUCAUAGUAGAGUAGCUUCACUGCUACAAUCCUGUCCACUACACGACUGACAAGAAGAUUACAACAUCAAGUUUGAAGUUUCUAGGAGACCUCUGGACAAUCACUGCCGACCAUGGAUGUGUUGUUGCGUCGCUGUCCUUUUCUGGCUCGUGUGCCCCAGGCCUUCCUCCAGCAGACCAGAAAGUCUCUGGUGGCAUACGCCCAGCAGUGCCCCAUCAUGAUGGAGCUGGCCUCUAAACCCAUGGCUCCUUCAAUGGCACGGGCCCUCUGCUCUUCUUCGUCCUCUUCCCAGAAAACUGAGAAUCCCAUGUCUGCCAGUGGAGGCCCCAAACAGCAAGGGGAGCCCAAACUGCCUGCUGGCCACCCUGUGCCACCCUCAGGCCAGGUAGUGGCCUCCAAAUGCCCUUUCCUGGCUGCUGAGAUGGGCCAGAAGCACAGCAGUGUGGUCCGCCAGGUUGGCAUUGAGUUCGAAGAGGAUGUCGAGGAAAUCCGCACUGUCCAGAAAGAAGUGUCCCCUGGCCAGUUGAAGAAGCCGUCCUUGACCAGUACCAUUAAGGAAAGCGGAGAUGAGGAAACUAAUCUGAUAAAGACCCUUCUGAAACAACGACCUAAAAGGGUCUCCCACUUGUUGCAGGACAACUUAACAGGAAGUAUGUCCAGCUUCCAUUACGAUGACUUCCUUGAGAAGAAGAUAGUAGAGAAGAAGAGUGACCACACAUACCGUGUGUUUAAGACGGUGAAUCGUCUGGCCAGCGAAUUUCCCAUGGCCGAUGACUUCACUGGUUCCCUAGAAGAAAAGAGGGAGGUGUCCGUUUGGUGUAGCAAUGACUACCUGGGCAUGAGUCGACACCCACGAGUCAUGCAAUCCAUUAUGGAUACUUUACGAAAGCAUGGCUCAGGGGCCGGAGGCACCAGGAACAUCUCUGGGACCAGUAAAUUCCAUGUGGAAUUGGAACAAGAGCUGGCUGACCUUCACAACAAGGACGCUGCGCUGCUCUUCACCUCCUGCUUUGUUGCCAAUGACUCCACCCUCUUCACCCUUGCCAAGAUGCUACCUGGUUGUGAGAUUUACUCUGACGCGGGCAACCAUGCCUCUAUGAUUCAAGGUAUCAGGAAUAGUGGUGCUAAGAAAUUCAUUUUCCGGCACAAUGAUGUGAGCCAUCUCCGAGAGCUUCUACAGAAGGGAGACCCCACAAAACCAAAGAUUGUUGCCUUUGAGACCGUUCAUUCCAUGGAUGGUGCCGUGUGUCCACUGGAAGAGAUGUGCGAUACGGCCCACGAGUUUGGUGCCAUCACCUUCGUUGACGAGGUUCACGCAGUCGGCCUGUAUGGCGCUAAAGGAGGUGGCAUUGGAGACAGGGAUGGUGUCAUGCACAAGAUGGAUAUCAUCUCAGGAACACUAGGCAAGGCCUUUGGCUGUGUGGGCGGCUACAUCGCUAGUACUGCUGCCCUGGUGGACACGGUGCGUUCCUACGCUGCUGGUUUCAUCUUCACAACCUCUCUGCCACCAAUGCUGUUAGCCGGAGCCAAGCAGUCCAUCCAGGUUCUUAAAGGAGAAGAGGGCCGUGCACUGAGGCGUAAACACCAGCGCAACGUCAAGCUGCUCAGACAAAUGCUGAUGGACUCUGGGCUGCCCGUAGUGCACUGCCCCAGCCACAUCAUCCCAGUUCGGGUGUCAAACGCGGAGAAAAACACAGAGGUGUGUGACAUCAUGAUGAGUCGUCACAACAUUUAUGUGCAGGCCAUCAACUAUCCCACCGUUGCUAGGGGAGAAGAGCUUCUGCGCAUCGCCCCAACACCUCACCACACCCCUGAGAUGAUGAAAUACUUUGUUGAGAGGCUGGUGCACACAUGGAAGGAGGUGGGCCUGGAGCUGAAGCCCCACUCCUCAGCAGAGUGUACCUUCUGCCAGCAGCCACUGCACUUUGAGGUGAUGAGCGAGCGAGAAAAGUCUUACUUCAAUGGCCUCAGCCACCCCAUCUCAGCCCGCGCAUAACACUACUCACUACUGCUGGCUCGAGACGGAACAUAUACUCCCAAUACCCAUUCCUCUGUCACUGUUCUAGAAAGUAUUCUUUAUUCUUUAUCUUUGAUAAGCCCUCUUACACAUAUUUAAAAUAUUCUAUGUUCAGAUGUUCUAUGUCCUCAAAAUAAAAUCUAAAAAUGGAAGAAAAGUU